UGACUCUCUCAUUAACCCCCAAGUUCUCGUCUUCUCGACGAUCUCAUUAAAUGCUGUCGGCUCAUUAUGGUUUUUACUGAAUAUUCGCUGAAUUCUCAAAAUCCCCAAAAAGGACCCAAGAAAGAGAGGCAAAGGCAAGGGACAACAAAAAUCCUGUCCUUGCACUUGCUUCUCUCUCUCUCUCUCUCUCGUUCUAUUCGAGCUCUGUUGCAGAGGUCUGAUGGCGGAAAUGUAGCAGAAUCCCGCGAGGAGAAGCGCUCACAGUUCCGAAAUUUGGUGGUUUUUGUUCUCUUUCUUUCUUGGGCCGGAGAGAUGCCGAUGAUCCGGUACCAGAUAAGGAAUGAGUACGGAUUGGCGGAUCCGGAGCUCUAUGGAGCCGCGGAGAGAGAUGAUCCCGAGGCGCUUCUCGAAGGGGUCACCAUGGCCGGCCUCGUCGGCGUCUUGAGGCAGCUCGGAGAUCUCGCUGAGUUUGCUGCAGAGAUAUUUCAUAACUUGCAUGAAGAAGUGAUGACCACUGCUGCUAGAGGGCAUGGACUGAUGCUUCGUGUCCAGCAGCUUGAGGCAGAGUUUCCAUCAAUUGAGAAGGCCUUUUUCUCUCAGACUAAUAAUUCAAGUUUUGCUUGCAAUGAUGGUAUUGACUGGCACUCUAAUAUUGAAAUGGAUCAGAAUCUAAUCACACGAGGAGAUAUGCCUCGUUUUAUCAUGGACUCUUAUGAAGAAUGUCGUGGUCCACCUCGAUUAUUUACACUGGACAAGUUUGAUGUUGCUGGUGCUGGGGCAUGUUUAAAAAGAUAUUCUGAUCCCUCUUUCUUUAAGAUGGAGUUGCCCUCCUCUAGAAUGCUGGAAAUAGAGCUUCCAAGAGAAAAGAAAGCUCGUAAGACCAAGAAAGGAUCAUGCUGGAAGAAUGGUCAAACACUUGAGUCCUUAUUAGCACCCCAUGCCAACUCCGAUUUGCAGGCCAUAUCUUCUGACCAAGUUUCUGAGAAAACUUUGAGGCGCGUGAGAUUGAAAUCUAGGCACUUCAAUGGUAUGGAGAGAAGCAAUGAAAGAAGAUUAAUGGAGCAUCUACUUGAAAUACAUUCAUCUGAGCAGAACAUUUUGUUUGGAAAUUCUGUAAGCUACUCCCACGUAAAGGUAAAUUCAAUUGAUUCAAAUGAAUCAGCUCCUGAAAUACAUGAAAUUGUAGUUGAUGCUUCAGCUGAUCUCCCAUUAGUUGGAGGCCUAAAUCCAAUUCAGUCUCCUAUUAAAAAGGAAGUGGCAGGGUUGUCUUCAUAUGAAUUGGAGACUCAGAAGAUAAAGAAUAAAGAAUUGUCAGAGGCACUGCAUGACUCAUUUGGUGAACUAAGAAAGACUGACGCAGACUAUCUUGUUGUGGAAGAAAAAGAAAUGUCCACUGAGUCUGGAUAUAAAUCAGAAAGUAGUGUUGAUGGCGAUGUAUCUGGUGAACCUGGAAAAAGCUCUCCAGCACUGCAGGUGGUCAAUCAGAACAAAUUGUUGGGUGAUGCUGAAGGCAUAUCAGAAGGCUGUGCUGAUGGCUAUAGGUCCGACGACGUUAGUAGUGAGCUGGAUAAUUUCGUGGAUGCGUUGAAUACAAUAGAAUCAGACAUAGAAACAGAUACUGAAAGCGGAGGUAAAGCUGAUCCAGGUGUCUUCAACAUGGAAUCUCAUCGAAAGGAUUCUCACACUAACAAGGCACAACAGGUGCUGCCAGCUCAAUUUUCAGAACCAGAUUCUGUUGAUAACUCUACCAAAUCAUUGAGCUCAGAUAAUGUGUUUAAGAAUGAAAUUACAAGUACUUCCGACUCAGAUUCAACUAGUUCGACUGUUGCACAGCCAACUCAACGGAAUAUGGUUUCUUUUGAUUUGCCUGCCAAUUCAGAAAUUCGCCUUGGUAAAACCUAUGAAAAGACUACCGAAACAGAUUUUGAAGACACAGCAAAAUCUGAUCAUGGUGUCUUCAAUGUGGAAUCUCAUGGAAAGGAUUCUGACAGUAACGAGGCGCAACAGGAGUUUCAAGCUCAUUUUCCAGCACCAGAUUUUGUUGAUAACUCCACUAAAUCAUUGAGCUUGAACAAUAUAUUUAAGAAUGAAAUGGCAUGUGUUUCUGACUCAGAUAUUGCAAAUAGUUCAAUUGUUGCACAGCCAAUCCAAAGGAACAUGGUUUCCAUUGAUUUGCUUGCUAAUUCAGAAAUUUUCCCUGGUAAAAACCAUGAUAGAACUACUGAAGAUCUCUGGCAAAAUAACGAGGCUAUGGAACUUAAUUCUUUAAAUCAUUUUGCAUCUAGUUCUUGUGUUAUAGGUUCAACUUCUAUUCUUUUUAGCAUUCAUCCUCAAGCGAGUGCUCAUGAAUCCCAAUCCAUUACCGGAGACCAGAAUGACUUACUUUCCAGUAAUGAAGCACCAGAUGCUAAUGAAGCCACCGAAUAUCUGGAUGGUUUGCCUCUUGAGAGUGAUCAUCUUGCAGAGCAUGUUGAAGAGCUGAUCUCAGAAGAUAUAGCAGAAACAUUUGACAUGCCUGAUCACCUUUCUCAAAUAGAAUACAGAAGUAUGUCCAGAGAAGCUCCUUCAGGUUAUAUUGAAGACUUAUUGCUUCUAUUACCUGCAUCUGUAGUAGGAGAGUCACAAGAAUCAGUGGAACCUGAUAGUAGGGCUUGUUCAGGUGUGGGCAUAUCACCAAUCAUCUCUGCUUUAUCUCCUGCUAUCAACUAUAAUGCUUCACAUCUUGAUGGCUUGGCUACAAAACUCGAAAAUGGUGUGCAACCUGAAGAUAUACAUGCAGACAUAUCAUCUGGCUUUGUGGAAGACAGUCAUGACAUAGCUGAAGAGUUUGAUGGUUCAUGCCCUGGGACUAAAGAUGAAGAUGUUCCUGAAAAUAUACAUCCUUCAGACUAUCCUGUAGAGCUAAAUUCAGAAGAUACGACAAUCACACUUGACAUGACCAAUCAUCAUUCCCAAGCACGAGAUGAGUGUACUCUUGGGAAGGUUCCUACAAGAUUUGGAGGAGACUCAGCACUUCCUUCAAAUGGGUGCAUAGGAGAGCCACAUGAAUCCAUGAAACAAGAUAUAGAUGCUUAUUUAGGUAGGAGCACAUCACCUACCAUCCCUGGUUUGUCCCCUGAUAUCAGCUUUACCAUUCAGCUUGAAGGCUCUGCUGCAGAAAUGGAAAAACUAGUUGCACCUAGUGAACAUUUACCAUGCUCGAGUUCAAGCCUUGAAAAUGUUGAAGAAAUGGCUAAGGGUAAUAUUUCAAUGCCCAACACACUGUCCCCUCAGUUGGAGUACUUCUCUGAUGCUGAGGAGCCUCAAGAGUUCCCUCAUGUGGUCUCAGCAGGGUUUACCCAUUUGUAUUCUGUAGAAGAAACCUGUCCUAGUGAUGUGCAGCUUCAGUGUAAAGUUCCCAACCAUGAGCUGAUUGAAUGUCCGAUAACUGUUGAUAAUAAUUUGAAAUUGCUAGAUGAGCCCACAGAAUGUCUCUCUCAGGAGAAUACACUGCAGGCAGGAGGACCUACACAGUCUAAUGACCUCACAGCUGAGAAUUCAAUUUUUAAUGCUAACAGUGGUAAUGCACAUCCUUCUUCAACCUAUUCUCCAGAAACAUCAGGCCUUCUAGUACAGCCACAAGAAAAUAGUAUUCCUGAUGAUGAAUUUCUAUACCAGCACCUAGUGGAGAACCAAAAGACAAUUAGUCCAAAGGACACAACAGCAUUGGAUUCUCAAAGCACUCAGCACUUGACUCUUCCUUCAAGCGACGAAGAUCAACUUGUAUCUGCUCCUACUGCUUCUGAUCCUGAGUUAUCCAUUUUAGAUUCAUCUAAUACAUCUGCUUGUAGAUUACUCAGUGAUGUUUGUCAGACAAAGCUAUCUGGAGGUGUCCAAGAAGAUCUGCAUUCCGAUAACAACGAAGUAAAUUCAGUAUAUUCCUUAGAAAGCAAACAAGAUUUUGGUUUAAAAGCUUUGCCUCAUGAUGGCUGUGAAAGUGUAGAAGAGAAGCCGCCAACUAUUCAUUUCCUUUCAGAACCAACAAUUCCGCUUGAAGAAGCAGCCUCCAAGUCACAGGUCAUCAGCGAACUGAAUGUGCUCCCUGUACAUCAAGAGGGUGAGCAUCUUGAUCCAGGCAUUCCAACUAGUUCUAUUGACCUUAAUGAUGAACCAUCAGAACAAGGGCUGCAACAUAGGUGCCGUGACUCUGCUAGCGAUGGAGAUGUUGGUGAGUUGGAUAUACCACCAUUGAACGAAGCCAUAUCUGGGCAAGUUGAACUAGAAACUUUUGUUUCUUCUGCAUGCAGUUUUGAAGGUAUCUCAAGUUCUUUGGCUUCUAAUAUUUCAGCUGUUACAUUAUCACCUUUUACAAGCUUCGAUGUUGCCAUUUUGGAAACUUCUUCUCAAUUGCCCUUCGAGCCACGGUUUGAUGAACCAGUCUCCAGCUUUCCUUUACAAGGUGUCGAAGAACCACCUCCGCUUCCCCCACUCCCCCCACUCGAGUGGAGGAGGGGAAAGCUUCAACUGUGUUCUCUAUCAUCAGGUGGAAAUUUAUUUCAACCUCUGAGUGGAACAAAUUCAUUAAUGGCACCAUCACCUGCUGAUUGGAAGCAUGGACAUGGUUUAUUAGAAGACGAAGGUGAAAUGGUUAAGCCGGCAAAUCCAUUUGUUACUAUGCCGGUGUUGGAAGCCAAGAGUUCUCAGCAUGGUUUGUUCAAAUCAGAUGGAGAAAAGAUGCAUCCCUCUAGGUUGUCUGAACUGCCACCUAUUGCUGGUAAUGAGAGAUAUCAACAUGAUGCCUCAUUUUUGGAGGGGAAAAUUGUGCAUCCUUCCAACGCUUCUGUAAUAAUUCCAGUCGGAGAAGAUGAGAAGCAUCUGUCCAGUCAUAAUGCAGCUGGGGAAGUGAUGUUGCAGCCAUCAAACCCAUUUGCAUCAUUAUCAGUAUUAGAAGAUGACAUCUCUCAGCAUCCCACACUAUUGCAGGGAGAAACACUUCAGCCUUCAGAGGAUACUAGUUCUCAACUUGAUCAGUUGUUAACAAGUUUAGAGUUGGAGGGAUCUCAAGAGUCCCAACAUGGUCACUUAAGUUUAGAGAGAGAGACAGUGCAGCCUCCGAACCUAUUCUUGGUUGGAUCAGAUAUAGAAGAUGAGAAGCCUCAGUAUGGCUAUGGAAUUUGUGGAGGUGAAAAUAUGCAGCUGCAAUCAUCAGUGCGAGCACCAACAACAGCACCUGAGUUGCCUAAGCUUGGUUGUGAAACUUCAAGGGAAGAAAAUCAAUCUUCUCAAUUUGAUGUUUUACCUACACCAGAUGAUGAGAACUUAAAUGUGAAACCACGUUCCAUUUGUAGCCGGCCGAGAGAUCCUCUAAUUGAGGCUGUUGCUGCUCAUGAUAGAAGCACGAUGAGAAAGGUAUCAGAGAUGGUUCUACCUUCCAAUAAGCCAAAGGCGGAUGAAAGGGAUUCAUUACUAGAGCAGAUAAGAAACAAGUCCUUUAACCUGAAACCAGCAGGCGUCACAAAAUCAAACAUCAAGGGUCCUCCAACAACUCUAAAGGUUGCUGCUAUCAUAGAGAAAGCAAAUGCAAUCCGCCAAGCAUUUGUGGGAAGUGAUGAAGACAAUGAUGAAGAUAGUUGGACUGAUUCUUAGGCACUGACCAUUUCUUGAAACUAUUGGAGUACAGUUCGAGUGAUUCCUAAGCACCGAUCACUUCUUGAACUUUUGGAGCUCUCCAUAACUGAAAUAUGCCAAUCACGCGGGUCUUCCCUGAGCAAUACAGUUGUUGAACAGACGGACAUGAGGUGCAUCAGUGACAGCAGGGCAUUAACCAAAGAAUCACUACAAAAGGGAGUCUUUUUGUUCGUGUGUAUAUAUUGUCAUGUAUAUAAUAUUCUCUUCGAUCCUUUCUUCUGUGUCAAAAUGUAUUCUUUAGCUUGUAUUCACUGGCAAAGGCUCUAGAGUGAGGUAAAACAGACCUUGCCCUUGUUGCUCAAUGUAAUUGUAGGUGAUAAAAUUUUCGGUGUGUAGAUUUUGAAGAGGCGUAGAUCUUUGGAGUGCAUAGAGUGCAUAGAGCUCCGAGUCUAAUAUUUCCUGGCUCUGUGCAGGUCUUAUUGCUCCUGUCGGUGCAGACUUGGUGCUGUAUUUGUGACCAAAGGUUGCAGAAAAUUAAUGUACGCUGCAGAAUUCAUAUCUAGUUCCUCUUUCAGCUUUUGCUCUGGAGCUUAA